UUUUCUUAAAGUUUAUAUUUUUUUUUACUCAAAUAUUGCUGCUUUGUGUAUUUUUGGGAAAUUUUUUCAUUGGUUCAUUGAAGUACUCGGCGCCGGAGUGAUGUUGAACGGUGUUUGUGGCGUUUCCGAUGAAUCUAGUUGUAAAGCGCCAUUACAGCAAUCUCAUUCUCAAACCGCACUCUUCUCCGACCAAACAAGCCCGGAUCUUGGAGUUCUGCAAAUCGGGCUUACUCACCGAAGCAAUUCGUGUCCUAAACUCAACAGACUCAAACGAGAUCUCUCCGAAGCCGAACCUCUACGCAUCUCUCCUGCAAACUUGCACCAAAGUAUCCUCCUUUGGCCACGGCCUCCAAAUCCAUGCCCAUGUUGUCAAAUCGGGUCUGGAAACCGACCGAUUCGUCGGGAACAGCUUGCUCGCGUUGUACUUCAAGCUGGGACCGGAUUCUACAGAUACACGGAGAGUUUUCGACGGGAUGUUCUUCAAAGACGCGAUCUCGUGGUCUUCGAUGGUGUCUAGGUACGUCAAGUGCGGAGAACACGCGAAGGCGCUUGAGACGUUCGUGGAAAUGUUGGAUUUUGGGUUGGAGCCGAACGCGUACACGUUGUCGUCGGCGGUCGUGGCUUGCUCGGAGACCGGAGAUGUCAGGCUAGGGAGGUGCUUCCAUGGCAUCGUCGUGACACGUGGGUUCGAAUGGAACCAUGUUAUCUCUAGCUCAUUGGCGGUAAUGUACGGAGGGAACGGAGAACCGAGAGACGCGAGACGGGUGUUCGACGAAAUGCCUGAACCAGAUGCAAUAUGUUGGACGUCUGUCGUAUCGUCGUAUACGAAGAACGAUAUGUACGAGGAAGCUGUGGAGUUUUUUUACGUGAUGCAUAGGAGAAAAGGGUUGGCGCCUGAUGGGUAUACCUUUGGGACAUUGUUGAUGGCAUGUGGUAAUCUCGGGAGGAUAAGACAAGGGAGAGAGAUUCAUGGGAAGGUUACAACAUCUGGGAUGUUGUGUGGAAACGUUGUGGUCCAGAGUAGUCUUCUUGAUAUGUACGGUAAAUGCGGAUUUGUUAAGGAAGCUAGGCGGGUUUUCGAUGGGAUGUCGGAGAAGAAUUCGGUUUCUUGGUCGGCUUUACUCGGGGGAUAUUGUCAGAAUGGAGAGCACAGAAUGGUUAUUGAGAUGUUCCGUGAAAUGGAAGAGAAGGAUCUCUACUGUUUCGGGACUGUUCUUCGGGCCUGCGCUGGUUUAGCGGCCGUAAGACAUGGGAAAGAGGUUCACUGCCAGUACAUUAGAAGAGGCGGGUAUAAGAAUGUGAUCGUGGAGUCGGCUUUGGUCGACGUGUAUGCCAAAUCCGGUUGCGAUGAUUUCGCUCUCCGUGUGUUCUCAAAGAUGUCGGUGAGGAACCUGAUCACUUGGAACACAAUGCUAGAUGGGUUGUCCAAAAACGGGAGAGGUGAAGAAGCGGUUAUGUUCUUCGAGGUGAUGGUUAAGGAGGGGAUAGAACCCGACUACAUCAGCUUCGUCGGGGUUCUUUCUGCAUGUAAACACACGGGUUUAGUGGAGGAGGGACGGAAAUACUUUGCGUUAAUGGCUGACAAGUACAGGAUCAAACCGACUGCUGAGAUUUACGGUUGCAUGAUUGACAUUCUAGGACGAGCUGGCUUGUUCGAGGAAGCAGAGGAUAUGUUAGAGAAAUCGGAAGAGUUUAGGGAAGAUGUGCACCUGUGGGGGGUUCUGCUUGGGCCAUGCGCUGCUUCUGGAGAUGCCUCCGUUGUUGCAGAGCGGGUCGGGAAGAGAAUGAUGGAGUUAGAACCGAAGUACCACCUGAGUUAUGUGCUUCUGGGUAACAUGUACAGAGCAAUGGGUCGCCAUGGUGAUGCCCUCGAGAUUCGGAACUUGAUGGAUGAAAGAGGGGUCGGGAAGACGCGUGGUCAGAGCUGGAUUGAAGCUCAUUAAGACAAAAACUACUUAAAACCGCAUUACACAUUCAUUACAGAAAUGGCUGGACAACAUUAAAC